AGGAUGAAAGGGCCUUUGGAUUUGCUUUUGCCUCCUAAACUUAAAGUGAGCACUGGGAAGCAAACAACAAUGGAGACCCAUGUCAAUAAAGAACUGAGGGAGAAUGCUUGCGUUUGGUUUUCUAGAUGGAUGUAUGAAGCUGGCUUGUCUUUCAAUGCAGUCAAGUAUCCAAGUUUUAAGCCAAUGAUUGAGGCUAUUGGUCGAGCUGGUCCAAGCAUGAAACCUCCUAGUUAUCAUGAGGUGAGAGUUCCUUAUCUUAAGAAGGAGUUGGUACGCACAAAUGAAAUUAUGAAGAGUCAUAAGGAGGAUUGGCCUAAAUAUGGAUGUUCCCUUAUGUGUGAUGGUUGGAAGGAUAAGAGAGAGAGAUCUUUGCUUAACUUUUUGGUAAAUUGUCCAAAGGGAAGCAUGUUCAUUAGAUCCAUUGAUACUUCCUCAUAUGCCAAGGAUGCUAUUAAAAUAUUUAAAUUACUUGACCAGUUUGUAGAGGAAGUAGGUGAAGCAAAUGUGGUUCAAGUUGUGACUGAUAAUGCCUCGGCUAAUGUUUUAGCUGGAGAGUUCUUAAUGGCUAAGCGAAAGCACUUAUAUUGGACACCAUGUGCUGCCCAUUGCUUAGACCUAAUGUUAGAAGAUAUUUUUAAACUUCCUAUAUUGAAGAAGACUUUUCAAAAAGCAUGUGCAGUAAAUGGAUUUUUGUAUAGCUCUACACAAGUGUUGAAUAUGAUGAGAAUAUUCACAAAAAAGAGAGAGAUGUUAAGACCUGGGAAAACAAGAUUUGCCACGGCUUUCCUCACCCUUUCAAGACUUUAUAAACAAAAAACCAACUUGAGGAAGACGUUCACUUCAGAAGAGUGGACUAACUCUAAAUUUGCAAGAGAAGCACGGGGUAAGCUUGCAUCUCAAACAGUGUUACAAGAUUCAUUUUGGAAAAAUGUUCUUUAUGCUCUCAAGGUGUCAGGGCCACUUGUCAAGGUGCUUAGAGUGGUAGACAAUGAGGAUAAGCCUGCUAUGCCUUAUAUUUAUGAGGCUAUCGAUAGGGCAAAAGAAGCCAUUGCAAAAUCUUUUGAUGAUGAAAGGAAAUACAAGCAAAUAUUUGAAAUCAUUGAUGGGAGGUGGAAUAUUCAAUUGCAUCGUCCUCUACAUGCAACCGGAUAUUACUUGAAUCCAGAAUUUUUUUAUUCAAAUGCAAGCAUUGGAGAAGAUCAAGAGAUUAUUGAUGGGUUGUAUCAAACCAUAGAGAGGUUGGUUCCCACUGCAGAGGUGCAAGACAAAAUUUCUAAAGAGCUAAGCUUGUAUAAAAAUGCUGAAGGGAUAUUUGGAAAACAAAUAUGCAUAAGAGGAAGGAAUCAAUUGGCACCAGUUGAAUGGUGGUCUCAAUUUGGUACUGCAACCCCUAAUUUGCAAAAGUUUGCCAUCAAGAUAUGUAGCCUCACUUGUAGCUCUUCAGGUUGUGAAAGGAAUUGGAGUGUCUUUGAGCAUCUUCAUAACAAAAAGAGAAAUCGAUUGGAGCAACAACGUCUCAAUGAUUUGGUAUUUGUCAAGUAUAAUAGAGCUUUGAGACGUCGUUUUAGUUUGCGUAAAUCAAUUGAUCCAAUUUCUUUAGAUGAAGUUGAUGAAAGUAAUGAGUGGUUGCUUGGGGCAAUUGAUAAAUUUGGAGAGUCAGAUGAUGAGCUGGUACAUGAAGAUCAUGAUUUGACAUGGGCUGAUGUUGCUAUGGCAUCUGGUGUUGAAGAAGCUAAUCACUCAACUAGAUCAAAAGCGACUUCAACUUCAAAUUUGACAAGGGGCAGGGGGACAAGGGCAUCAACUUCAAAUGCUCCAAUGGAUCUUGACGAGGAAGAAGAAGAUGGAGAGGGAGAUGAUGUAGAAGAAGAUAUUGGAGAUGAUAGUUCUGAUGAUGAAAAUAUGGAUACAUUUGAUCUUGAUGAUGAGGAUGAUUUCUAGUUAUUAUGUAUAUCUAGUUAAUCCUAAUUAAAAUUUAGCCAUUUAGGACCUAUUAAUGGUUUAAGGUUGAUCAUUUAACUUUUCCUUUUAAGUUGAUUGUUGACUUAAAGUCUUAAAACUAACAUUUUUUGGUGGGUUUUGCUUAAGUUUAAUGACAUUUUUAAUACUAUUUUGUUGGAUUUUAAUUAUAUAUGUCAAAUACUAAUUUUGUUUUUUAUUUGUGGUGUUUAAAUGUUGAUUCCUUUUUCUGAUUUGUUGAAAUAUGGUGAGAUUUAAUUUGCUGAAAUUUACAGGUAUGUCAUGAAUUAUGUUUAUGUUGUGAUUUAUUUAAUAUAUGUUGAAUUCUUGAAUUUUUUGAUAACAUAAAUGUUGAUAUGUGAUUAGGAUCUAUUUUAUGACUUAUUAUUCAAUUAAGAAGUAUAUUUUUCUUUCUUCUUAGUUAGCAUGCGCCUUGCACCUGCCAGGCGCGCGCCUCGCCUUGCGCCUUGCGCCUCAGGCUCCAAGACCCUUUGCGCCUUAGUGCGCCUUGGGCCUUUAAUAACACUGGGUGGAGGCUCAAUAGCUGGUUCACUUGCUGUUUGAGGGGAAAGGGGGCUGGACUGAUUGGUAGGAUUAGAGUCCCAAUGAGGCUGGUGGUAAGGUAAAGGAAGGAAGGAAGGAAGGUGUCAUCGCUGGGCUGAUUGGGUGGCUGGUCACCAUAAGAAGUCUCCCCCUGGUGACCAAUUGGAGAUGAGCCAAAGAAGGGUGUGUUUUCAAUGAAAGUAACAUCUUUAGAAACAUGGAGUUUGUGGGUUAGAGGAUUAUAGCAUUUAUAUCCCUUUUGUGUGGGAGAAUACCCCAGGAAGACACACUUA